UCUUAGUUUAUUUGGGAGUCACACAUCUGAGAAUCUGGUUUCAAAAUUACUGUUUUGUAUGACAUUUUUGCAUGUGACUUCAUAGUGUUCUUAGGUUUCCCCAUAACCCAUCUAUGGACCACCUUCCUUUUCCCCCUUAUUUCUCGUUGAGAAGUCUGGCUCUAAAACUUUCAGAAUAGAACUAAAAACUUGUUUUAAAUAUCUUUCUGUCAUGGUUAAAUUGACCUAAUGUUGAAUAUCCCUAGCAGGAUUAAUUUAUUAGCAGGUAAUUCAUUAGUAAGAAAUGAAGAAAUAGAAGAAGCUGAAGAGGAAAGAAGAAACAGAAGCAGACCCAGGAAGAUGUUUAGAUGGCAGGAUUUCUAUAGUAUCUCUAGUAUGAGUUCCAGAUCUUGGCCUUGUAUCCAACAGUAUCAACAGUCUCAACACCACCUUCUGGAGAAUAAAUGGGAUUUGCAUGAAUUCCAAAUUUUGAACUGAAAAACAGACUGCAGUGUUAAUAUCCUUUUCUUCUGGUUGUUAAUAACAGCUCUUCAGAAAAUUAAAUGUCGUCAGAAGAUCGAGAAGCUCAGGAGGAUGAAUUGCUGGCCCUGGCGAGUAUUUAUGAUGGAGAUGAAUUUAGAAAAGCAGAGUCUGUCCAAGGUGGAGAAACCAGGAUCUAUUUGGAUUUGCCACAAAAUUUCAAGAUAUUUGUGAGCGGCAAUUCAAAUGAGUGUCUCCAGAAUGGUGGCUUUGAAUACACCAUUUGCUUUCUGCCUCCACUUGUGCUGAACUUUGAACUGCCACCAGAUUAUCCAUCCUCCUCCCCACCUUCAUUCACACUUAGUGGCAAAUGGCUGUCACCAACUCAGCUCUCUGCUCUCUGCAAGCACUUAGACAACCUAUGGGAAGAACACCGUGGCAACGUGGUCCUGUUCGCUUGGAUGCAAUUUCUUAAGGAAGAGACUUUAGCAUACCUGAAUAUUGUCUCUCCUUUUGAGCUCAAGAUGGGUUCUCAGAAAAAGGUGCAGAGAAGGACGGCUCAACCCUCUCCCAACACAGAACUAGAUUUUGGAGGAGCUGCUGGAUCGGAUGCAGAUCAAGAGGAGGUUGUGGAUGAGAGAGCUGUACAGGAUGUGGAAUCGUUGUCAAGUCUGAUUCAGGAAAUCUUGGACUUUGAUCAAGCUCAGCAGAUAAAAUGCUUUAACAGUAAAUUGUUCAUGUGCAAUAUCUGUUUUUGUGAGAAGCUGGGCAGUGAAUGCAUGUACUUCUUGGAGUGCAGACAUGUGUACUGCAAAGCCUGUCUAAAAGACUACUUUGAAAUCCAGAUCAGAGAUGGCCAAGUUCAGUGCCUCAACUGCCCAGAACCCAAGUGCCCUUCGGUGGCCACCCCUGGUCAGGUCAAAGAGCUAGUGGAUACAGAGUUAUUUGCCCGUUAUGACCGCCUUCUCCUCCAGUCCACCUUGGACCUGAUGGCAGAUGUGGUGUACUGUCCGCGACCGUGCUGCCAGUUGCCUGUAAUGCAAGAGCCUGGCUGCACCAUGGGCAUCUGCUCCAGUUGCAAUUUUGCUUUCUGUACCUUGUGCAGAUUGACUUACCAUGGGGUCUCUCCAUGUAAGGUAACUGCAGAGAAAUUAAUGGACUUACGAAAUGAGUACCUGCAAGCAGAUGAGGCCAAUAAAAGAUUUUUGGAACAGAGGUAUGGUAAGAGGGUGAUUCAGAAGGCACUGGAAGAGAUGGAAAGUAAGGAAUGGCUAGAAAAGAACUCAAAGAGCUGCCCAUGUUGUGGGACUCCCAUAGAGAAAUUAGAUGGAUGUAACAAGAUGACAUGUACUGGCUGUAUGCAGUAUUUCUGCUGGAUUUGCAUGGGUUCUCUCUCUAGAGCAAACCCUUACAAACAUUUCACUGAUCCUGCUUCCCCGUGUUUUAAUCGGUUGUUCCAUGCUGUGGAUGUUAAUGGAGAUAUUUGGGAAGAUGAGAUUGAAGACUAGUUAACUCCUACUGCUCAAGAUAAGGAAGUGGAAUGGUUUGCCCUAAUCUUUUGUCGAGUACAGAAAAUAACUGCAGGAUAUUUAGGGUACCGUUAAUUCACUCUUCCUUUGUAGAAGAUGUGGAAGAACAAGGUUUAUAUUUUCGUGUGGUACUACUGAUUAAGGCACAUUCAUAUGUUUUUCAUUGUAACAUAGAGAAAAUUAUAAGCCAAAGGUUCAGAAAAUGAAAACUAGAGAAUAUUAAAUACUACAGUGUGCCCGAAGCUCUGAAUAGUUAAAAAAUAAAUAUUUAUUUUCUUCCCCAAGCUUUAGGUAAGGAAAGGAGUCAAGAGUUAAAGACCUUUUUACCUGAAAACAUCCCUCUAAGACAUGUGGGAGUCCCCUCAGUAUUACUCCUUAAAACUGGGAUGGGUAGAAAGAAGCCUUAUUAAAAUUGUACUGAGAGCCUGAUCUCAUUAACUCCAUGUUACAUUCCUUUCAACCUAACUGCCAAGUUAGUAUUCUUUGGAGGAAGCCCUUUAUUCUGUAACUGAUUGGAUGGCCCAAUGUCAUUUUGAUCUACUGCUUUUCAGAAUAGAAAUUUAUAGAUAAUUUGAAAAAUAUUUUUAAUGCCACAAACACUGUGGGUCACCUGGUAUUUAUUAGUGGUGUGCAGUCCACUGGUUUUGAGCCAAGUCUAGAAUUUCAUGACACUGGCCCAGAAGAAUUUGAGUCCCAUUCAACUCUUCGGGGCUGUAGAGCCUAGAUGCAAGAUGACUUGUCUUUGCUACCUUUUUGUUCUACAUUCUCUCCCUUUCCUCUUACCCUACCUUCCAUCAGUGAGGACAAUUUUAAUAUUAACUCCAGCAGCUCAUAUUUUUAUUUCUGCUGAAGUAAGAGAAAGCCUAAUAUAUUCCCAAGCUGAACAAGCUGUACUUUCUUUAAUUACCUCCAUUUUGAACUCCAUACCAUUGUAGUUCCAGCCUUCAUUUUCUGAAUUCUUUUUAAAGGUCUUUUCUAAUGAGCUAUGGAAAUUUGGCUUCCUACCCCUUUUUGUAACAGCACUGUUUUGGGGGAUAAUUUUGGCUUAAUUCCUAGAUCCCUGUUUCUGGGUUUUGAUGGCUUUUUGAAAAAUUGUCUUUUCUUAUGGUUUGGUGAAUGGUUUGGUAGCAAAAUAAGAUUUUUUGAAAAAGAGGACAAGAGGGAUACAGCUGCAGCUGUGAACAGUUCUUUUUUCCCAAAUUGUCAUUGAAAAUUGGGGAAUCACUUUUCACCAUUUUAUGCGUGUGUAUCCAGAGUCAGCAGGGACUGUUUCUGGAUUGUCAAUGAGGCUGCUUAAUCUUAAAAAUAAAAAUAAUUUAAAAAUUGUCUUAUAAUUAGAGCAGAGUUUCUGCUACUCUGUUGCCAAGGCAUCUGAUCACAUUUUUAAAAACAAUAUGGCAUGUAACACGUAUUCUUAAAGUGAGCAGAAAAAAGUCAUGGAAUAGCAUUUCUUCUCUUAACCAGACUCAUGACUGAACCUAGCUUUUAGUGCCUCUAUUUUGUUUGGACCAUAUGGCUCAUGAGCUUUCAUUUUGCACAUUUUAUAUAAGAACUAAAGAAUAAGUUGAAUAAGAAAUGGAAAUUAAAAUAGUUAUACACAAUACACCUAAGAAGAGUGGCUCUGUGAUUGAAUAGGAAUUCAGUUGAAAAAUUUUUUUAAGUAGUAGCCACUCAGAAGUUCCCCAGUUCAUGGACUAGUUGGUAUUUGCUAGAGGUUAUUUUAUUAUUUUAGGCUUUUGCACAUUAUGUUGAUGACAUAGUGGAAAUAAGAAAGCUUCAUAAUGAAGGUUUGCGAAAGAAAUGGGAUAUUUCUCUUUCUUGAUGAUUUUAAAAAACACAAGUGGUUAGUCUCAGACUUGUUUGUUCAUCUGAAUGUUUCAUCCUUUUUCCUUAAUUUCAUCCUCUUUCCUGCCAUUUUAACAAAGACAAUAGGGCUUGUGAAGUCUUAAUUUUGAGACAUGAGUUAUGCAGUAAUUUUAAGAUGGCAUAGUUUUGGCUAGAACACUUUUGUCUCUGAGUAAAAUGAAAAAUUGGCUUAACUCCCUGAAUGCCCUAUGAAAUGCCUGGGUUUAUGGAAGGUUGGUAUAUCAAGAAACUAUAUAAUAGAACAAAGAGUUUUAUACCUAGUUUAAUUUCAUGAAGGCUCCCCCCCCUCCUUUCUUUUUUUCACAAUUGGGCCAGGAUUUAUCCUACAUUGACAUGAACCUCAUGUGUUCUCUUGAUGAAAGCAAGAGAGCCAAGGAUUCCUGUGUUAUAGCAGUUUGUAACUGCCAGUUCAUCAUGCUGAAAAUUGUAGUUUGAAAAGGCUACGUCUUUUGAUUUAAAUAAAAGGUUUGAGUCUAGAACAGAUAGUUAAAAAUAAGUUACUAAAUAACUUUUAAAGUCAAACUAGAACUUUUGUGACUUUUAAAGCUUAGGAUUGAACUGACUUAAGAGCUCACUUUUGUCCACCGAAUUGUGCAUCUUGUUUAUUUUUUUAAGCAAACAGUUUUAGAAGUUUCAGAUUUACAGGAAAAUUGCAGAGAUAGUACAGUGUUCCCAUAUGUUCCAUGUUUCCCCUAUUACUUGACAUCUUACAUUAGAAUAGUAAAUUUGUCACAAUAAUGAACAAGUAUUGAUACAUUAUCAGCAACAAAAGUCCACACUUUAUUCAUAUUUUCUUUGUUUUUUUCCUGUUGACCUUGAGCUAUUCCUGGGUCCUUUCCAGAAUACCACACAUUACAUUUAGUUAUCAUGUCUUCUUAGGCUUGUUUUGGCUGGCCCAGUUGUACCAUCCAUUUUUAUUGUUAGUAUUAUUUAAACAUCCUUUAGAUCUUGAUGUACCUGGAUUGGUCAGGAGCUGAAAACCUUUUAUGGAAGACUGAUGACCUAAUCCUAGCAGGCUCAGCAAAUUAUUGAAUGUAUGGUGUUUUGUUUGUUUUGUUUUGUUUUGUUUUGUUUUUUUGUAUGUUUGUAGUUUUAAAUCAGUUAUUGCUCAGGACACUUCACUGGCUUUGUAUGGAGUUUUUAGUCCAUAUACUCUUAUGGUUAUUUUCCUACUCAGCUUCAUGAGGAAAUUCUCAAACUGGAUGGUUUUUGUUGUUGUUUUUUAAAAGAUUUAAUUUUAAGCAAUCCUACACCUAAUGUGGGGCUUAAUCUCAUUACCCCAAGAUCAAGAGCCACACACUCUCCUGACUGAGCCAGCCAGGCACCCCUGCAAGGUCAUUUUUUAGUAGUAGAGGGUUCUAGUUUACAUUAGAAAUCUCUUAAUAUACUUCAUUUUUAUAUAUUUAUUUAGGUUAAGAAAAAAGUAGAGUUAAUUAGAUGGUAUAUUCAUAACACCAUUCAUGUGGCUGCCUGCUUUGAAAGGAAAUUUUGGAAAUCCCAAGUAUUAACUUUGUCAUAAGCGUGACCAGCAGGUGGCAGCAGUUCCCAUGUUAUAAAAAUGCAAUAAGAUGGUAUUUUAUUUUGUUACAGAAACAGGUUUAUUUGGGGGAUUUUAAUUUUCCUUCUUGUGUUUCAUCAUAGUCUGCUAUAAGCACUGGUAGGUAGAAUGGCAUCUAAUGAUAUUAGCAAGGCAGGAACAGCAGUAUUGCCAAAAACUGUAAGGCCACUUAAAACUAUAGUUGACAUUCAAUUGUUACAUGGGAAGUGUCGCUCCUGAUAGUAACACUUGUCUCCAUCCACUGAAGUAAACAAAUUAAGUUAUAUCUGAUGCAUGCCCCUAAGUAUGACAGACUAGUCAUUAUACUGUGAUACCUUCAGAUACUGGGUAAAAAUAGCCAAAUAAUCUGCUCUCUGAACUUUGGCUCAAUAAAAAAAUCGGCCAGCAAAACGGACUGAGGCUUUGUGGUCAGAGAGCUGGCUUUGAGGAUGUUCUGACCAAUGUUAAUGAUAAUUACCAACUUUUAGCAUUCACAGUCUAGUCUUUGCAUAAUUAGAUCUCCUAAAGAUUUACCACUCAAAGGUACUUUGGAGAGGAUUGUGCACAUUGAAAACACAGUGAGAUUCUGAUGCCAAAGUUAUAAAUACAAAAUCAGUAUAGUUACUUAAUUUCCUUGCUUGGAUCUUUUUUUUCCUUUCCCUUCAUUGAAUCAAACAAACUAAACUAGUAUCGAUGUAAUGUCAAUGCAUAGAAAUUCAAAAGAUUGUCUUACUGUCAUUCCUGUUCUAUUUCUUGUAGUCUGCUGUAUUUCCUGGUAUUCAUUCACUUACUUAACAUAUUUCUUGCAUACCUCAUGAUGGGCCUUACUGUUUUUCUGGGUCCUGAGAAUGUAGCAGUUAAUAAAACAGACAUCUUUUUCCUUAUGCAACUUAAAUUCUGGUGGAAGGAGACAGACAUUGAGGAAACAAGAUGGGUUAUCAGAAGUCAAAUGCUAUGGAGAGAAGUUAGGGGAGGCAGAGUGUGAUGUUGGAAUUUUAAAGAGUGUAGAAAACUUCAUCAAGAUAGCAGUUGUACAAAGGCUGAGCAGUAUGGGAGUGUACCAUGUGAGCACCUGGGAGAAGAGUCCAGAUAGAGCAGCAAGGGCCAGCGCUCUUGGAGUGAGAGCAUGUUAGAGGGCUCCAAGAAGAGCAUGGGAGCCAGUGAGAGCUAAAGUAGACUGAGGAAGGGAGAGUAGUGAGAGGUUGGACAGUGGAGGCAGACUGCUUGACCUUUGGAUUCUACUCUGAGAUAGAAGCCUUUAGAGGGCAUUGAGCAGAAGUGUGAUAGGGUCUUAGAUUUUAGGAGAGCAUGUGAGCAAAAGUAGAAACAGACCAGUUAGGAGACUAGUAACUCAGGUGACGAGUGGAGGUGGCUUGGCCCUCUGUGCCAGCACUUGGAAUCCUGAUGAGUGGUCAGAUUCUGUACUUAACCUUGAAGAUAAAACUUCAAGGAUUUACUAAUAGAUUGCAUGUAUAAUAUGAGAAAGUGAGGCAUCAGAGUUGAUUUCUAGCGCUUUUUGUCUCAGUAAUUGAGACAGGAAAAGCUAUAGAUGGCAGAGAUUUGCUGGUGAAGAUCAGAAAUGUAUUUGUGGAUAGAAGAGUUUGAGGUGCCUGGCAGUGAUCUCAGUGGAGAUGUUGGGUAGGCAGUUGGGUGUUGUAGUCUGGAAUUCAAUGGCGUCUUGGCCUGAAGAUGGAAACAUGGGAGUCAAUGUAUAGAUGGAAUGUGAAGCCAUGAGACUGGAUGAAAUUACUAAGAGAGUGAGUUAUAUGGGAAGAAGAGGUCCAAAGACUGAGUCUUGGAGCCCUCCAAAUGCCAAGAGUUCAGGGUGAUGUGAAGGACCCAACAGAAGAGACAGCAAGUGACCAGUAAGGUCAGAAAAAUCAGAGUGUGAUGUCUUGGAAGGCACGUCAAGUUUGAAGGAAGGAGUGGUCAGCUGUCAGGUAGUGCAAAUAGGUCAAGAGAUAGGAGCUCAAAGCAUUGACUUAGUGAUCAUUGUGGCCAUUGGUGACUUUGACAAGUGUCAAAGUGACAAGGGAGGUGAAAAUCUAGAAUAUAUUUGAGAAAGAAUGGGGUAUCCUCACAAUAAGAAAAAAUGCUGAACAAACAAAAUCAGGUUUUCUUCAAUCCAUCAAAGAAAAGAGGUCACCGGGCGAGCCACCACAAAAACUAGAGAAAAAAAAUGCAGAAAAUACAGAUCUGUUCACCUAAAGGAGAAGCUGCUAGAGCCAAUUUUCAGGAUUGAAGUGAAUUACUGGGGGCUGAGUGUGGACUUGCUUGAGAGUUUAAAACUCCUAGGAGUUACUCUAUGUGGUCUCCCACACUGGUGGGAUUUAUCUCCAGGAGCUUCCCCAGAUUCUCAAUGUAAAGAUGGCAGAAAAAUCCCCUUCUGCAAGGUGGAGGGGGAAAGUAGCCAUUUUAAAAUACACCCCGAAUUUUCUGUUUCCAUGGCAGAAGGCCGCCCUCAAGCGGAACUGCUUUGCUAGAGUCUUCUCUGACCUUGGAGAAGGGCACUUGGAUGGCUUAAGCCCCCUUUAGCCUUCCUGUCUCAUAUAAGAAAAAAAAAAAAGGGCUAAGGCACUUCUGAAGAUCUUGGCCCAGGGA